GCGGCAGCUGCAGGAUGCGGCAACUGUAUCUUCUGCAUGAGAAGGCGGGGAAGAAAUAGCCGGCGGAGCGGGGCGCGCCGCUUCCUUUUCUGCUUCUCGCAUGCAUCUUAAGAGCAAUCGGGAAACCUUCGCCUGAGGGAGCCAUGUCUGAAAGCGGCUCCUCGUUCACCGCCAUCCCCAACGGCGGAGGCGCUUCCCGGCAGCCCGGCAACAAAGUGACCGUCGUCCUGGGCGCCCAGUGGGGCGACGAGGGCAAAGGAAAAGUGGUGGAUCUGCUGGCGCAGGACGCGGACAUCGUCUGCAGGUGCCAGGGAGGUAACAAUGCUGGUCAUACUGUUGUAGUGGAUUCUGUGGAAUAUGACUUUCAUCUGUUACCCAGUGGUAUCAUCAAUCCAAAAGUUACAGCAUUUAUUGGAAAUGGUGUGGUGAUUCAUUUGCCAGGAUUGUUUGAAGAAGCAGAGAAAAAUGUUAAAAAAGGAAAAGGAUUAGAAGGCUGGGAAAAAAGAUUAAUUAUAUCUGACAGAGCGCAUAUUGUGUUUGACUUCCAUCAAGCUGCUGAUGGCAUCCAAGAACAACAAAGGCAAGAGCAAGCUGGAAAGAACUUGGGAACUACAAAAAAGGGAAUUGGUCCAGUGUAUUCUUCUAAAGCAGCUCGAAGUGGGCUCAGAAUGUGUGAUCUAGUUUCUGACUUCAAUGAAUUUUCAGAAAGAUUUAAAGUGUUGGCCAACCAGUACAAGUCUAUUUAUCCUACCUUAGAGAUAGACAUUGAAGGGGAGUUGAAAAGACUAAAGGGUUACAUUGAAAGGAUCAAACCAAUGGUGAGGGAUGGUGUAUAUUUUAUGCAUGAAGCUUUGCAUGGUCCACCAAAGAAAAUUUUAGUAGAAGGUGCAAAUGCAGCACUGUUGGACAUUGAUUUUGGGACUUACCCCUUUGUGACCUCGUCAAAUUGCACUGUGGGAGGUGUUUGCACUGGCUUGGGUAUGCCACCUCAGAACGUCGGGGAAGUAUACGGAGUUGUGAAAGCAUACACCACUAGAGUUGGAAUUGGUGCCUUUCCUACAGAGCAAGAUAAUGAAAUUGGAGAAUUGCUCCAGACACGAGGAAAAGAAGUUGGCGUAACCACAGGCCGAAAGAGAAGAUGUGGCUGGCUUGAUCUAGUUUUACUUAGAUAUGCUCACAUGAUUAACGGAUUUACUGCACUGGCUCUUACCAAAUUGGAUAUCUUGGAUGUAUUUCCUGAAAUUAAAGUUGGUAUUGCUUACAAAAUAGAUGAUGAAAUCAUACCUCAUUUUCCAGCAAACCAAGAAGUCUUAAAUAAAGUACAAGUUCAGUAUGAAACCUUCCCAGGGUGGAAAACAGACAUAUCAAAUGCAAGAACCUUUGAUGAACUGCCUAUAAAUGCACAAAACUAUGUUCGAUUUAUAGAAAUGGAGCUAGGUGUUCCAGUUAAAUGGAUUGGAGUAGGAAAAUCGAGAGAGUCGAUGAUCCAGCUCUUCUGACUGUAUUGAAUAAAUGGAGAAAAAGAAAACACACUCCUCAAUGGACUGCUCACUCUUAUAUCUUUUAUUCUUAGCCUGAUGAGAGCUGAAUUUUUGAAAGUUGGACCUUGAAUGCAAAAGAACUAGAGAUGGUCUGAAAAACAAAUCUUCUGUCUAGAAAGACUUGGACAGCUAUCAGUAUCAUUUCUUUUAACAUUUCGCAGAUUCCAGGGCACUUAUCACUAUUGCCAACAUUUGUCAUGGUGCCACCAACUUUUUUUCCCUUGAAAUGUUUGUCCCAAAAGUUUUUCUUAAAAUCUUAAAUUGCAUUUCUUUCAUGGCCCAUUUUAUCUUUUUUGUUUCUCUGUUUUUGGUGAUAUUUCCUGAAAAUAUUAGAUGCUUAAAAUAACUAAUGCAGUUUUUGCACAGAGAAUUUUUCAUCCUCAUUUGUACUUCUAAAGCUGUUUUUCCCUGUAUGGCUGCUGAUGUAGUUUGUGAUCUAAAAGAGAAUGAUUUUUUAAUGAUGAAAAAAAUCCUACACUUUUGUUACAGUUUUUAUUAAAACUAUGGUGAUGAGCUGGUAGUUUGGAAGGGAUGUUUAAUAUGUAUACAGUUCAACAACAUAAUUUAUAAAUGAAAAUACUGAAAACAUUA